AUGGGGGCUCCUUGGGGCCAGACAGUCCCAGUAUUUGGACCAAGUUUAAAGGAUUUGGACCAAGAUACACUUUACAAGAAUGUCAAAUUUGCAGAUGAUACCAAACUUGGGGGAGUAGUGGACUCUGAAUCCGCAGCCCAGAUGAUCCAAAGGGAUUUGGACCUUAUCUUCGAAGGUGUGGCCAGGAGCUUUAAAUUUGGUCUGAUAGUAAGAAACAACACUGAAACAGAGAAGGGAGCCAGCAGAUUUGAUGAGACAGUGAAGAUUGUCACUAAACGAGAAUUAAUGAUGCUGAGUUCCACUCUCUGUCAGCAGAGACCUCUGCACACCGGCAGCAACAGCAGCAGCACCACAAUGAGGAAUCCGCACUGUAUUAUAACUUUGACUCUUCUCAUCCUCAUCUCAACGACACCUACCUGCAAAGGUGCUCCAGCAUCACUACAGGAGUUACAAGUCUGGAAUGAGAUAGAGGAUGUGUGUUCGUCUUUUCUCUCCACAGACCCUCAGUCUCAGGCAUCCAGAGCAAUUGAAGAACUGUGCUACAUGGUUUGGGGAAUUAUAAACAAGUCUCAGGAUCUAAAAGGGAAAGAUCACCCAAAAAGGUUCUUGUUUCAUUAUUCUAAGACCCACGACUCGGGCAACUCAGACUUUAUGUCGUCUGUCCUGCAUCCUUUGCUGCAACUUGUUCCCCAGCUCCAUGUGAGAAGACUGAAGAGAUUCAGAGAUGACGAUGAUCUUCAAGGACCUGGAGGAAUUCAAAGCAGAGGAUACUUCUUAUUUAGGCCAAGGAACGGAAAGCGGUCAACAACCUUUGACUAAAAGAUUUCUGUCCGUUUGGACACCUGUACAUAAAAUGAAUGGAGAAGAAUACAAUGCAAAUGGACCUUACAAGCUUUACUGUUCUCUAGACUUGUUAUGUAUCCAUUUUGAAUAUAAAACAAAAUCAAAUAAAUACAUUUUGGUUCAAGUAUUGAUUGUUUAAAUAUAAUCUGUUAUUCAAAUUAAAAAUCAGCAUC